CCGCAAGACGCCCAGCUUCUCGUAUUGCACAAGGACAAGCCUCCAAACGGAAAAGGGCUAUAUGACUCCAGUGAGAUCCCAAGCUGCCUCGUGAGAAGCAUUUUGCAGACACGAUGUCGUGACGAUGGAGCUCUUCCUUAUUCUGCUGCUGGCUGGCGUGACUGCGGCACAAAAUAACAACUCCACUUCCUCACAAGGCACAAAGUACUCGCAACCAUACUCAAACAACACCCUCCUCUCAAUAACCUUUCGGGACCCAUCCAAAGACCUCAACAAUGGCAAAUACUGCACCUACGACCCAUCCGGCGCAGGCGACAAUUUCAACAUUCAAAUCACAUCUUUCCCCACAACCGAUCCGAAUAACACUUUAAUCUGCUUCGGACCCGGCUCCCUCUUCCCAAUAGACAACUCCACCACCUCUCUGAACAACAGCACACCCACAAACCUCACAACCCUCUAUCCAGGCCUAAAUUACACUCUCCUUUCACCCGACAAUUUCAACAGAUCAGCAGAUUACUCUCAACUUAUGUACCAGCAAGGUGAAGCUGUGAGUACUCUCCGAGAAGAAGCGCUUAUGGGACCUUUGGUGUUUCAAGUUUAUAGUUCGGAGGAUUGUAGUGGUGAGGUGGGUCAGUCUACGAGUUGGAGGUUUAGUUGCGAGAAUACGAAGCCUACGUGUGAGACGACGCCUUAUCGGUUGAGAAGUUUUUCGAUAAGGAGGACGACGGCGAUGGAGAGGGAGGAGGAUCGGCCGGGGGAGUGUAAGGAUGAGGUUUGGAGGAAUGAUGCGGGGGGUUUGAGGUCUGGCAAGAGUUCUGGGGUGGCGAUAUUGGUGGCGGCCGGUGUGAUGGGUAUUGUAGCGCUGAUAUGAUGAAUGAGAUGGAGAUUCAGGUACUGGCGUUUUUGAUGUGAGUGACGAGUAGGAUUGAAACUGGUCUUUGCGAAGGACGUAAAGAUUGUGAGCAUG